AUGAUGAAGUGUACUCCUUUCAUCGUUGCCCUUAUAGUUUGGGUGACUGGCUUGAUUGCAAACUGUCUUGGGAAUGGAUACGCGCCUUGUGUUCCGAGUACGGCAUGGAAGCAUGAGAGUGUGAUGGCGUCAGGCCACGAGAAUUUAGAGCAGCUAGAAAGGAUGCAUGGGGCGACGACCAAGCUGACGAUUCCGGCGAGGACGCCGAUCCCUCGGCGAUUGGCAUACCGACUUGGACCCUGGGAGGUCACCUUCCAAUGGGCCAUCGACGCCAACCAAUGUUGGAUCCAGAACCGCUCCGGCUCGGCCAUCGAUUACAUGUUGUGUGAUCCUGAGCGCCGUCACUUUCUCUAUUAUCACAGCCUCCAACCCGGCUUGCCCCAGUUGAUUGAUAUCCCUACUGAUCUGGCUCAAGGAUUAUUGUUUCUCGCUAUUGCAGACCCUGUUUAA